AUGACGGGACGAUCAACUACAGAAGCCAUUCACCUUGUGAGACGCUUGGUGGAGCAGUAUAAGGAGAGGAAAAGGACUUGCACAUGGAAAGACAAGAUUAAGUAUGAAAUUAUUAGGGACAAGGUGGGAGUAGCAGCCGUGGAAGACAAGUUGCGGGAAUUGAGGGUUGAGAUGGUUUGGGCAUAUGAGGAUGAGAGACAUAGAUGCCUCGGUCAGGAGGUCUACUGGCUGAUAUGUGUUGGUGAAAACUGUACAUGGCACUUCAAGGCAACUAGCAUAAAUGAUUCUGCAAUGUUCAACGUCAGAAAUUUCGACAAACAACACACAUGCUCUUUAAUGGACAAUACAUUCAUACAACGCAAACCUACUGCCAUGAUAGUUGGUAGCAUGAUUAUUCCAAAAUAUUCUGAUCCUAAGACAAUUUACAUCCCAAAAGACAUUCAAUUUGACAUGUUGUCUGAACAUGACGUGAAUCUAACCUACAUGCAAGUCUGGAGAGCAAAGGAAAAGACUUUACAGUUUUUGAGAGGUCAUCCUGCUGACUCCUACAACAAAUUGCCUAGUUAUUUGUAUAUUAUAGAGAAGACUUAUCCGGGGCCAGUUGUAGUAGUUGAUGGGACCUUUUUAAAGUCAGCGUACAGGGGAAUAAUGCUAACAACCAGUACAAUGGAUGCAGCAGGUAUCAUAUUACCAUUGGCAUAUGUUGUUGUUGAUUCAGAGAAUGACGCAUCAUGGAAGUGGUUUUUUGAGCAAUUCAAGCUCGCAUAUGGUGAAAGAGCAAACAUGUGUGUUGUUUCGGAUCGGAAUGAAAGUAUCUUGAAGGCAACAUCUAUUGUUUAUCCCGGCAUGUCACAUUAUUCUUGCAUGUGGCAUAUUUGGACAAAUAUACGGGCAAAGUUCAAGAAAGGACAUCUUAAGCUAAGUGAAUUAUAUUUUACCACGGCGCGGUCAUACACACUUGAUGAAUUUAAUGAAAAAAUGUCAAAGAUUGAGGAGAUUGACCCCCGUGUUAAAGCAUACUUAUAUGAUAUUGGAUAUUAUAGAUGGUCUCGAGUACAUGCAAUGGUGAACAGAGCUUGGAAUAUGACAUCAAACAUUGCAGAGUCGUUGAAUGCUGUGAGGGCUUCAACAGACUACAUCCAUACAGUAAUAGAUGGUGUGAGACGCUAUAUUGUUUGUCUUGAAAACAAGAAAUGUAGUUGUGGACAAUUCCAACUUGAUGAACUACCUUGUCCACAUGCUUUGGCUGCUUUAAGACAAAGGGAUGAGUCCUUUGAAGAAUAUUGUUCUCCUUAUUACACAAGGGCGAACCUCUUGCGUACGUAUGAAAUACCAGUAAAUCUGUUGUCUGAUGAAAGCAAAUGGAAUGUGCCACAACAUAUAACUGAAGAAGUAGUAAAUCUACCUAAAGGAGAGAAAAGGCAGCCAGGAAGACCUCAGAAAGAACGAUACAAAACAUAUGAUGAAAUAAAUUCAAAGAAGUACAAGGUUUCAUGCGGCAACUGCGGAGGNUCUGUAGGAAAGUAA